GCCAUUUCGUGGAACCAACGGCGCCAUGGCCUUUCCGUCCCUGGCGCGCCUGCUCCGCAUGGAGCCCACGGCGCCGCCGGCCGCGCCGGCCGCGCGCCGCACGGCGGAGCCCACGGCGUGCCUGGCGCUGCGGGGUCCGGUGCCGAAGGUUCCCCGGGCUCCGGGGUAUCGCCAGACGCACGUGGAGGAUGAGUGGUGGAGUGUGGAUGCGGACAACCCACCAGCGCACGUGCGGCUCCAAGCGCUUGUACAGAAGAGUCUAGGGAUGGGCCGGGUCACGCUGCCCUGGUUCCUGGUGGGCUACAUCCUGCCAGUGAUUGCCAUGAAGGCUGUCACCGUGAGCAUCAUGAACGUCCACCCAGUCCUCAUCGCCGUGCCCUGCGUUCUGGCAGCCGAUCAGCGGAUGAUGAGAGUGAUCCACAAGCUGAUCAUCGGCAUGGGCUGGCUCCAGAACUUCUGCAUUCUUUGGCUUCCCGAGAUGCACCAUGCGCUGAUCAUCCCGGUCUUUUGCGUGUGCAUCAUCGGCUUCAGCCGAGACCGCAACCACUUCUUCUCCCGCUAUGUCCCGCAGAACGACAACGUCCUAGGCUGGGCACGUGGCUUGGUGCAGGACCUGUUGCGGCUGCCCAAUCCAGUGCGUGACUUCCUGGUGGGGAUCCAAUGGCUCGCAGGGUUCUAUGUUCUUUGCAAUACUGGGUUAACGACCUUGCGGCGCUGCUUCACCUUGGAUCAGCAGCGCAUCCCUGUGGCCGAAGUGGCAGCCACGGCUUUGGGUCUCACGCUGAGCCUGGCCACCAUGAGCUAUUGGCUCUCAAGUGUGGUGUGGGUGGAAGACAUGAGUUGCUUUUUGGGCUUGCUGAACCUGGCUUUGAUGUCCUGUCAUCACGGACUCCAUUGCCUCUAUUCGGUGCGUGGAGUUUGGACUCGAGGCUUGGAAGGGACUGACAUGGAUGUGAGUCGACAACUGGUCACCGCUCACUUUCUUUGCAUUUACCUGGUGAUGAACUUGGACCCCAGUGUGAAGCAGAUGAAUUGCUACCAACAAUGGUCAGUUUGGGUGGCCCAUGGGAACUUCCUUCUGCUCCUGGCCUUUCUUUUUCGCCAGGACAUCCAGGGAGCCUGUCAGACGCUCUUCAUGCCCGCGCCGGAGCCGGCGCGACGCAGCUGGUGGUGACGCUUCCCGAAGGAGAGACAGGCAGACCGCGGCAGACCCUGUGGCAUUCCGUGGACAGCGGCCUGCCGCGGGCGUGAAGCAGUGAUUCCCAGUUGCCACGUGAAAGAGGAACCAGGAAUUGAUCAUCCUAUAGAGCUAUACUCUAUGUAAAUAUUUAUAGUAAAUAGAGAUGUGUUAUAAGGUCAUUCGAAUUUUGAUCUAUAUAGAGCUUGAAAUACAUGUGCAUGCUUUAUCUCAUCCUUGGAAAUGACCAAAGUCCAAGUGCUUCUUUUUUGAGCCUCAGCUAUGGGUCACUGUUGGGAAACAGCCCACUGCAUACCGUGGGAUGACCAUCGCCGGCGGGGCAUCCGCGCUGCGUCGGCCUGUGUAGAGUGGUGGCUGAUGAACGGCGUCUGAAACUGCUUGAGCAGUGCUCAGCUCGAAUCAGCUGCAGGUGUGGCCAUGAAUCCACAUUGAGAUGACACAGAAGGACGCGGCGGACGAACACCGUGGUGUGGAGGCUGGCGUUUCGCCUCGCGUGAAACGCCUCGCGUGAAACGCCUCGCGGAAGCGCGAGCCAUGAGUUUUUUGGAGAGGGGGCUUCAUGGUCUGAAGGUUGGCGUUUCGCCUCACGUGAUCGAGCGUGAUCGAACCUUGGCGACCGGGCGUGGAACUGAGAUCGCAACUGCCAGCUGGCUGUUUUUUGUGGAUCUUGGAGGAAAUGGAGUUCACAUGAGUUCACCCUCUGAUUGUAGAGGAUUUCAUGGUCUUCCAAAC